CUGCUGUUUUAAAAAGCUUUGCAGCCACUGAGCGGCAUUCCAGUGUCGGACGACAGGUUUGCCUCUAGAGGACAAGAUACACAUAGAGAUACUGUAGGCAGAUAGGAUACUUCCAACGUUUCUUAAACAGCUCUUUGUAGUAUUCAUUUAAAAAGUUGUUUUUCAAAACGAUAUGUCUGACUUUUAUUUUACAGAAGUGAUCAUGAUAAAUACUCAAGAAAGCAGCCCUCUGGUGGAUUCUGCCGUUCACUGCUCCAGCCACCAGGCUCCUGGGCCUCUGUGGUGCUCCGAUGUCCCUCACCCACCGUCUAAGAUCCCCAGUGGGCGAGGAAUGGGCAGGGAUCACUCCUUCGAUGUACUCCUUCACAAGGAUGACAGGCUAACUGUAACACAGACCACCCCAGUGAACGGGAAGCCCAGCGUCCUGCACUUCCAGCACCGGCUGACUGAGCACAGAGCUUCCUUCUGGGAAGGUGUGCUUAAUGCAGACAGCCUCUUCCUGCAGGUCCCAGAGGGAGAGCUCCUCGAAAGCAGCAGGGAAAGCCUCACCAGUCUACUUCAGUUCACUGAAGAGAAUUUAAAAGUCAGCCAUGUGUUCCUUUGGUUCCCCAAAAGCAGGGAAGAUAGACUGUGGAUUACAAAGACAUUUCACUACAUGGGCUUUGAAGUCGUGAAGCCAGGACACCCACUGGUACCCGCUCAGGCUGGCCUCCUGUUCAUGGCCUACUCACUGGAUCCUCAUGGCCCCGAUGAAGAGUGAAGACAGCAGAACCAGCUCUGGUCCUCUGCUCCGUCAUCAUGUGCGUGUGGAGAUUCCCAUGCAUGGUGUGUGUCAUGGGUUGGUCCCUUGCUCUUUCAGUGAGUCAGCCGACCAGAGGUGCUCAGUAAGCUUAGAUUAACCUGAGGAUUAAGUGAUCUUAGAUUGACUGAGAGACCUCCUCAGCCCAACCUAAAAAAGCAGCCUUUGCCAAGGAUGAAUUCACCAAUGGUUCAUUUGGUGCUAUAUGUGCUGCAUGUUUUAAGCCUCGCACCAGCUAUCUGGGUCUAUAUCCUUAUAUAGAAGUACUUUUCACAACAGAUACUGUCUACAAGAAGGACCACAAAGAGCAAGAAAGAGGUAAAAGAAAUAUGACGGGGGCACUUAUCAAGUGAACUGCCAGUACUGUUGGAGCAGGGCACCAGUUACAGCUGGCGCUACCCGAGUGAUGUUUCAGAGUAACAGUAUCUUAUCACAUCCUUUCUGUCACACUUGAGACGCUGCAUUUCAUCCAUACAAGCUUAGUAUAACAAAAGCUAAAAAUUGACAUUAAUCAAAUGGUCCAAUCAAAUGUUAUAAGUACUUAAAACUAAUAUUGUGCCUUGUGCUGUGCUUAUUUGUGGAUAUUUUUGGCUAAUAACUUACUGCGAGAAUGCACUGAUUUUAAGUGCACUUUGGUAUGACUGGCUGCAUAAAAUAGUCAAAAUUACUCUCAAAUGAGUAAAAAAAAAGGCAGAAAUUGGAACCAAUAAAAUUAGUAGGCUAAAACUUAGGGAUAUAGUGGACACAUCGGGAUUGUAAAUAGCUGCACAAAAGUGUACUCAAAUAAAAGCAAGUAAAUAGUUCAGUUAAAGUGCUGUUACAGUACUGGAAAGUGAACUCAAGUAAAAGUGCAUCUUCUGCACAGCUAUCGCCCCCUAGCGGACAAACCCUUCCAAGCGCUUAUCGACACACGUCAUCACACAGUGAAUCUCGCACCACGCAGCAUGCUGGUUACAGCACUGCACACCAAUAGCCCCACAAUGCACGUGAAAGCCCACACUUCAGCCCAGGCAAAAGAUCCGUGAGCGUGUGCAGUACCUUCUAAUACCACCCUGACCACUAGCUGGCUGCGCUGCCUUCUUAAGAUACACAGAAAACAAACAAAAUAAGCACAAGAUAAAAGCUUAGCUUUCUCCGAGGUUCAAGACCCUCCCCUGGGGUGUAAGCUUUGGCGCUGGCCGGCCCUUUUCAAAACCGAGAGGGAAGGAAAGUUGAAUGCCGAUCCAGCCAUUUGCGGACUCCGCUUUUCACGUCUGCGGAGAAUCACUGACCGAGAAGCCGCAGUCACAUCCCUAGCCCCUCGGUCCUAACUGUCGUCACACUAACCCUCUCUGGACCUGGACCUGCAGCCCUAAACGGCAUACGAGCGGAACCCAACCGCCUGAACAUGCGCGAGCUUAGCUUGGCGCGGUACGUCUCGUCAAGCGCCGCUUCCCAAAACACCCCACAUUAUCCGUCCUUUUAACAAGUUCCCUGCCCGCACCCAUCAACAACGCCCAGGUGUAGCCACUUAAUUACCCCCCGCUGGUCUUAUGAACAAAUCCCUCCACCCCACACUCCCACAGCUCACUUCAUUACAGUAUUAGCGAGAUCAGUCACACCAACGCCACUCAUAUUCCUGAACAAUUUCCAUCUUCUUUUCCAUUGUGAUUGAUUUCUUUACCUUCUCUUCCUUCAUUAGUUUCUUUUCUAGCUUUUUGGGGCCAUUUUGAUAGCAAUUAGCUAAAUUGAUUAUAUAAAGCACUGCACAGACCGAAAUUACGUCAGCAAACAGGCGUAUCUGAGCUCAGACUGACAGCUACAGAAGCCUCCUGUCUCUUUGUUCACAAGCCGAUACACGUUUUGCCUCAAUUGGCAUUCGGGUCGUAACACAAGACUUUGGUCGUAAGUCAAAUCUAAAAUUUUGGUCGUAACCGAAGUUGUAAUUCGUAAUUCGAGGGUCCAUUGUACAAUCAUUUACCUACAAUAUUAAGUUCAGAGACAUUUCUCUUUACAAAUCACAUAAUCUAUGAUGUAUUUGAGAAACCGGUAUAGCUGCUCUUUGACGUCUUCACCUGAUGUCAGACAUGCCACAGAUCCAGGGCCCCAAGACCUCUGGCCCUGUGUGAUUUAAGUCAAAGUCAAAGUAAACUUUAUUGUCAUCUCUGCUAUAUACUGUACAGGUACAUAGAGAGACGAGAUGAUGUGGCUCCAGUUUUUUUUUUUCCCAGUGCAGACGAGAGAAAAACAUGUAACAAAUAGGCACGUGGUAAACAAAGUAAAUAAAUAUAAGGUAUACAAAAAAUAUACUAUGCUUGGAGACAGAGGUUACAAUAGUUGUAUAUGGAAAAUGUGCAAAUAAGUGGCAGAAGUGCAAAAAUGCUUGUAGCAGAGUUUGUGUCUAAAGUGCAGAUGUGCAGGAGUCAAUUUGUUCGCAGUCCGGGUGUGUGUGGGGGGGUAAGUGUGUUCAGGAGUCUAAUGGCUAGUGGGAAAAAGCUACAUUCAUGUUCAAGUUCCAUACAUCACAGCAGCCCCAGUCCAGGGUUAGGGCCCUGAUGUCUUUAGAACCCAGCAACGCCCAUGCCCGAGGUAAAGUGCUUAAAAGACAUUGUCUCUGCCAUUUUUGGCUGUAAUACUGCAUCUGCUCUGAGAGAAUGAGUGGAGAUCAUAGAUUAGGACACCAGCCAAGAGGUUGUACAUCGAGGUUUUAUUAAAGAAAAACACAUACAGAUAAACUAAGUGGCGUUCCGAUGAUGCAGAUCCAUGGGGUUUGAAAAAGGAGGUGGCACACCUCACUUCUCCUUCUCCUUCUGCUCCUUCUCCUUCUUGUCCUUCUCAGCCUUAGCCUCCUCAGCCUCAUGUUUCUUGAUCAGCUCCUCUACCUCCUUCUGCUUGAGAACCUUGAUCUUUGUCUUGCCAUUCUCACGGGUCAGUGUGGCAAUUUCCACUGCAAGUUAGCCAGGAAAACUGUCAGUCAUGGCUAAGGGCCACUGUCAAAUAUUUAACACUCAAAAGCACUUGGUUAAUUUGGCUGUGGAAGUGUAGACCGUACCAUAUAAAUAUGGGGUUCAUUAUAUCCCACAGUUGCAGAAUAUCUGACUGAAAUUAUCCAUGUUUAUGGAGGUAAGCAUACAUCCAAAUUUAAAUAAAUACAAUACAGAGAAUUAUGAAAGUUUGGCAUUAUAAAGCCCACCUUUCUCAGCAGACAGCUUACUGACGUCCAUCGUCUUGUUCAGCACUUUGACGGCUAACGCCAAGGCAGCAGAGAGCGUCAUCUCUCCUUCUUUGAAGUCCUGCUUCAGCAUGGACACAGCUGCCUAGGGAAGCACAGAUUCUGGCUUUUAGACACUGGGAAAUAACUUAAUACUUAUCAAUACACAGUGAGCUUUUGGUUUUUGCAUUUAAUUCCAUUUAAAGCACUCAAACUACUGUAUAUAUGUGUAAAACUGUCAUUACAUAACCCUGGGUUUCCUGCAAUUUUUCAUUUCACUGCAACCUGCAUCAAUGUUACUGUAUGCGUGACAAAAUCUUGAACCUUCAAUUAAAGGCCUGAGGCAAGAACUGGUUUGCUGUACUGAAUGGUGCAACACUGCCAUCUAGUCUCAAACCCCUUGUAAGACUUUGUAAAUCUACUAGAGCUAGUUGCUGUGGUGCAUCACUGCAUGAUUCAGGUUUCUGAUUCCAAAUGACAAAAUGCAUCUCAUUCACUUUUAUGAUUUAGUCUUUGCCCCCAAACAAGAAAUGUGUUUACCAUUUGUACUAGCAGUGAUUACACUAGAUUAAUUGACAAUGAGUUUUGUGACAUAUUGAUAGCAUUUUUGCAGUUUCCUGAGUAUAUUGUGCAUAAUUUAUAUUUACAUAUUUACAUAAUUAGCAGAUGAAUUUGUACAAAGUGACACACAAGUUGGCAAAAAGUACAUCAUAAACAUACGUGCCGUCAAGGAGCCAGCUAGCAUUAGGCGCAGCUAGCAUUAGUUAACGUAGAAUUGACCAUAAUAGGGUGCAGACCAAUUCUGUCCUAACAUGAGACCAAAGCAUCAAAAGUAUGGAAUCACUAAUCUUCCCACGAUGACAUGGGGAGAAAAUGCAAACUCUGCACAUAUGUAACCCAGGCAGAGACUCGAACCUGGGUUCCAGAGGUGCGAGGCAACAGUGCUAACCACUGCACCACCAUGCCGCCCCCCAUUUGUGAAACCAAUAUAUUAAAUAGAGAUUCUUUUUGGGCUGUAA